CAACGGGCCACACAAGGUUGUCUUGUAGUCGGUGUUUAAUCCUUGAACUAUUACCAACAAAAAUUUUAAAAAAGGAACUAAAAGAAUUCCCGUAAUAUUCUCUGUUUCACCAAAUCGAAUUAAUACAACUUUUAAAAUGGUUAGAUCGAAUGGGUCAGUAGAUAUUGAAGACGUUACCGACCAGACGGAUGAUAUCCCAUCGAAUGAAACGUUCGCCAUGGAGUCAUCUUCAGGGAAACAAGUAGGAGUGGUUCAUCCCUUGGCGACCCAAGAAAACGGAAACAUGCCUCAGGAACAUCACAAUGUGAAUGCGGACUAUUAUUUGGGACAGGUGCAAUCAAGGGACCUUUACAAUGGGGUGAAAGAUAUUCUAGACCAAUCCAAAGUUUCUGAAGAACAGAUGGGUAUAGUUGACUCUCCAGAAGCGACAUUUCUUGGUUUUAUCAAAAGUUUUACUCAAGUUCUUCCCGAGGAGUCACGACCUAUUGUUGUGCCAUGCCUUGCUAUUACAUUUUUUUCGUUGGCUUUAACUCCCAAUUUUAUAUAUCUUGUUCUGGCCUCGUCCUUUGUUUCGGUGUUCUGCUACUUAGUGAAGAAAAUAUGUGUCGAUCCCAAUGUAGAAAAACGGCUUGCGGCCCACCACGCUGUAAACGAAGUGAACAAAAGAUCCGCUGAAGUUAUGAAUACAACAAUUGGAGCAAUUGGUAGUCACCGAAUAGACCAAUUUUUGGAGUUCAACAGACAAACUUUAGAGUGGAAAAGUAAUAUCAUGGAAAGUCAACGUAACGCAUUUGUUGACCAGCAGAAAAUAGAUAAAGAUAAAACUGUAGCCUUGGCCAAGAUCAAUAGCCCCAUUGAACAAUCACGUCACAAUUUACAGCUAAAAUUGAAAGAAAUAACCCAAGCUCAAAACAUGAAAUCUAUCGAAGAAAAUAGCAAAGCUCAAAUUAAAAAAAUGCAAAUUGACGGUUCUGCGAAACUAUAUGAAGAGAAAACUAAACAGAUGGAAAUUGAAAAAUCUAUCCAGAGAGAUAUCGCAUUAGAAAAAGAACUGACAGCCAGAAACAAAAUUACGCAGGAUACUCAGAAAAACAUUGUAGAGGUGCAAGAAAGCAAUAAUACAGCUCGGGCAAAAGUAAAUGCGAGUUUGGCAGAAUCCGAAGCCUUGUGCAAUGUCGCGUUGGAAGGUGCAAAGAAUGGGAUUAAGUACAAUGUCUACCUAAACCGGGAGUAAAUAGUAUAGUUAACAAAUUAAUUGUUGGAUAAGUGAUUUACUAUGGAAUAAACUAUUAUUAUGAGUACUUUUAUAGAAGAAAAUUCGCCCACUGAGUGAUUCUUGAUGUAGUAAUUAUUUUUAAAUUUUGAAUAUUUUGGGCACACUUAAAAUUUUACUUGAUGGGAGAUAAGUAGGAAUUACACUAAAUAAAUUCAAUUGUUAAUAACAGAAUAAACAAAUUUAAAAUCAAGGUAACUUCUUUGUGAUUUUGCGUUUGUUAAAUUAUAAUAAAAAGAAUUAAACAUGUUGUCAGAUUAAAUUCGUACGUACUUGUAAAUCUUGCUAAAGGAGUUGCAUGUCAAGCCAAGAUAUGUUGUAUGAUUUCCUACAGCUUAGUUGGUAAUGAAUUAAUUUAAGUUUAUGUAUAAGGAUCAUAUGAUACCGUCAUAAUUAUAAAUUGUCAAAAGUAGAGUGAAAUUUAAUUAUUCGAUUAGUAAAUAUGCUUUGUCGAAAUUUAAAUAAUAAAGAGUUUACAAGACCGUA